AUUCGCGAUUACAGUAAUCUUGAUAGUACCUGCGAAUCUGCAACAGCGCUGCCUCAGAGGCAACAGUGUGGACUACACUUGCUUGCUGACUAAGCUGCUAUCGUGUGCACCUAUACUGGUCCGCUCGACCUCCUUCAGAUCGUCAUCUCUAGCUAUGGUCGGAAUUUGUAGAACGCGUUUGGCGGAAGAGCGCAAGCAAUGGAGGAAAGAUCAUCCGUUUGGGUUCUAUGCGAAGCCGGUAAAGUCUGCUGAUGGUUCGAUGAACCUCCUAGAGUGGGAGGUCGGCAUUCCUGGCAAAGCAGAGACAGCCUGGGAGGGCGGACUCUACAAACUCACCAUGACUUUUCCCGAGGAUUAUCCCUCCAAACCGCCCAAAUGUAAAUUCACGCCACCCCUAUUUCAUCCCAAUGUAUUCCCUUCUGGCACGGUGUGUCUUUCAAUCCUGGACGAGGAGAAAUCGUGGAAGCCGGCUAUUACCAUCAAACAGAUUCUGCUGGGCAUUCAGGACCUCCUUGACGAUCCUAAUGUGAACGAUCCUGCUCAGAGUGAUGCUUAUGCAAUGUUCAAGAAUGACAAAGUUGCGUAUGAGAGAAGAAUUAGACAACAAGCCAGGGAAAACAUACCGAAAUGAAGUAUUCCCAAUAGCUCCAGCUGUACUUCGUUAUGAUAGGGGUUGACUCCUUCAAUUAUGAUCAACUAUACAAUGCAUACCAUGUCCAGGGAUCGAUGAUAGCUACUCAGACCAUCAACUUUUCAAUGGCCACUUUGAUGUUGCGA